CGCUACCUUUGGUUCAUUCAUGACUAACAAUUAGUAGGUUCUCCAUUCACCUUCAUUUCGCUCUUACGCCAUUAUGAGAUAUCCUUCGUACGGUGAAUGAAUCAGGUUAAUGCCGGUGUAAAUCACCGGAUCAACGCCUUCAUGCCAUUUGCAUCUCUGAUUUCACUGUUGAUGGUUCCUCAAGGAAAUCAUCUAGAAACCUUGGGUCUACCAAUGGCAAAGCCUGGAUCACACACGAGGCUGAAGAGAAUGGACUAGUUGUACGGGUGAUCGAUGAGCUAACAGAGCACAGACGCGGUUCGUCUGAAAUUUGAUGGCCUUGACGUCGAUAGUCCAGUUAUUGGAUGGACAUGGCAAUCUUUUGCAUCUUGGCUGUUGGCAUCAUGACUUUUUGACCAGAUUUGCAUUGCCAUACAGGCUGGUUUUUUCUUUUUUUAGCAGUCAUCUGACCACUUUUUCAUCCAUGGCACCACUGAUUAUACCAUGGUGAACCAAUCACCAACGUCGAUAAUGCAAAACUCGAUCGGGGGAAUGCGAAAAUAUCUGGUCUAGGUCUGGCUUGAAAGAGUCUCGAGUCUCGGUCAGCGAAAAAGGUCGAACGACGCAGUUGGUCUGAUUCAUGAGAGGUAUCAUUCAAUUUAAACGCCUCUACCGCUGCCGGCAAGAGAUUGCCGAGAGCCCACUCCAGGCUCAUCCCUACCCGUUUCUUCCCUCUUCUAUAGCAAAUGGAAGACACCAUUCAGAGGGAAAAAGACCACGAGUUACCCGAAAUCGGUGCCAAUAUUUACGUGGGCGAGUCUGCAUUAAGUUAGGUCUCUCCCUCUCUCCCUCCCUCCCAUUCUCUUUUGAUACAAUAUCGAUCUUUUUCACACACGAGGUCAUUCAUUAAUUACCUAGUCAACUAAUGGCACUCACUCACUUAUUCUUCUCCUCCUCCUUCUCCUUGAUGCGGCGCAUUUCCCUGACUUGAUUCUUGAUCCUUCCCCUGCUUUUCUCCUGCGAUCCGAGUCUUUAAGCCUUAAGCGUCGCUUGGUCUGCUCUUAUUCUUUCGUCUUUUCCCGUCUUUUUGCCACCAACUGCCUUAUACUGCAAGUGGUCGCGUGCCUCUCUUAUGCGAAAACUCCUGACACUGGAUUUGCUGCUCCACCAAUUUGGCGACCAUGAAAUUCGGUCACGAUUUCAAAGAGACUCUACGAGCUCAAGACUUCCCUGCUCACUGGGUAGAUCAUGCUAUUCCCUAUAGCCAGCUCAAGAAAUGUCUCAAGAAAGUUGCGCGGGAGCUACAUGAGCUUGGACUCGAUCCUGAGACGUUACGCGAGCUCCUCAACCCCGAUGAAACGUCUCCUGUGGCCUUGAAGUAUAAACUCAACGGCGGUGCCGACUCUCACCUCCGCCCAAAACUCACCGUACAGGUCCAUCUUCAAGAUGGUGUCCCCGUCGAUGCCUCGCUUGCGCCCAACACGCGCGACUUUCUCAACAAGAUCGCAAUCAACCUCCCCCAGAACCAACCGGCGCAAGUCGAGCCUGUCACUAAAUCGCCAAUCCCGGACUCUGUGAAGGAUGCCGCAAAAGCCGAAACCGUUGUCGAGACCACAUCUGCACCCUCCGCCGAAACGGUCGAUGCGCUCGCUGACGAAGCCAACGACAAGCUCGCCAUUGCUCUCGCCGACGAAAAGACUGUCAAAAUUACCGAAACGCCAGCAAGCGACUCCGAACAAACAGAAUCCAUCGCUGAACCUACAAGCAAUGGCUCAGACCCAGCCUCGCCGACCUCACCUGCUACUGGUACGACCGAAGGAACGUAUGAAAUCAUCGAGGUUCCCCUGACUUUCGAUGCCGAAUUCUUCGAGAUGCUUCAGAGCGAUGUCAACAACCUUGAUGCUCUGCAAAUGGAGGAAGAGAAAACCAUGACCUCGGAAAUCGUAGCGCUUGGAAAAGAAGUUGAACAGGUCGUAAAGCCGAAGCGAUUUUCAAAGACAGAUCUUGCACGAUGGCGACAAAUCUUCGAGCUGUAUUUGGAUGCUGAGAUCUUCUUCGCUACCCACGAACAAGACCAUGGAGAACGCUCAAGUCAAGUCGCCCUGAGGCAGCUGCAAUGGUUCCAGGACCAGGUCGCUAAGCAGAAUCUCGUCAAAGAUUUCAAGCUUCCCGAGAGCAAGGCAGCUUUCACCCGCUUCAUCAACUUGAAUGCGUCCCUUCUAAAGAACAUGCAGUUCCAGGAGCUUAACAAGACUGCCGUUGCCAAAAUUCUCAAGAAAUUUGACAAACGAACAGCACUGGGAGUUGCUAGAAAGUUCCCUACCGUUGUUCACUCAGACAAGCUCUUAGCAGGCACCAUUGCACGAGAUGUCUGCGCACAAAUGUCGCAAGAGCUCGUAUCCAAGGUCCCCCAGCUGAACGACUAUCUUUGCCCAGUCUGUUUCUCAGUAGCUUACUUGCCUGUCCGUCUCGACUGCCAACACGUAUUCUGUAUCCGUUGUGUCAUCAAGAUUCAGCGACGAAAGGAGAAGCAUUGCCCAUUGUGCAGAGCAGAUGUGGUCCUCAAGGCUUCUGCGAUGAAUCUUGACUACGAGCUACAAAAGUACAUGAAGAAAUAUUUUGCAAAGGAGGUCAAAGAGAAAGCGCGCGCGAACGAGAUUGAGCGUGGUAUCGAGGACUACGGGCCUGGUUAUGUCCACCAGGAAUGCUGCAUAAUGUGAGCUCAAGAGGCUCAGACAUGGACACGACUAUUAUUAUCAUCACGGCAUAUUUGAGCGACUUGGAUUGACACGGACUUUUGCAUCAGAAAGAACCAUGACAUUUAUUUACGACGGAAGACUGCAUCGGUACGGAACAGUAAUGGCAUGAACUUUAUAGAACGCAGAUUGACGAUUAUGUGCAAGGAAAACAGCACUUUUAUUUGCUUUUUAUCAUCAGCUCGUAAUUGACACAGCCUCAGCCGCCUUCAAGGCGUUUGUAAAAGUGUCCUGAAGUUCGGUAGUCUCCUCUAAACCAACGCUUACACGAACAAGAUAAGGAUCAACGCCAAACUGCUCAGCCCAUUCCAGUUCUUGGUAGUGGGCCAGGAGAACAUACGGUGAGGCCAAUGUGAAAUUUGUUCCUAGACUUGGUCCCUUUGCAAGAGGCAAUGCGUCAAAGAAGGCCUGAGCAUGCUCCUUUUGCUGAAAUACGACAGAAAGUAGACCGCCGUAUCCGCCAUCUGGCAAACGGACCUUUUCGUAGUGAGACUUGGAGUCAUUGUACUUGGGAUAGUAGAUGCUCUUGACAAGGGGAUGUGUUCGCAGCACUUCGCAGAUAGCAUCCGAAUUCGCGUUGAUGCGGACCACUCGAGAUUCGAAGUCGCGACUGUUCCUCUCCAUGAAGAUGACAUCCUCAGGCCAGUAGUUGUCUUCGUAAAUCUCGUUCAUGGUAGUCUUGAGUGUGAGGUAAUACUUGCUCUCAGGGUUGAGAACAAGCCCUCCACCCAUGACAUUGGAGUCGCCCGAGAAGAUCUUUGUGAGACUGCUGACAACUACAUCUGCAACAGGGAGGACGUUGAUAUUGGCAAAUGUGCCAAUGGUCUCGUCGACAACGACUGCGAAGUCGUAUUCAUCCGCCAGUUUGCGGAUGCGAGUGAGGUCAGGGCAUGUCAACAGGGGGUUUCCAGGGAACUCGCAGAAGAGGCCGAGGAACCGCUCGCCGUUCUUGAGUCGUGCCUCGAGAUCAUCGAGGUCUUCUGCAGAUGCGUGUCCGUAAAAGAGACAGCCAGGGCCAAACUUCUGCAGAAUCUUGAGUGUGUCCACAUAAGGGAAACCAAAGUUGAUACUCUGUGCUGGCUCUCUUGCGUGAAGGAGCGCACGGUGAGCAUUAAAAAUGGCGUUCAUGCCAGCAGGAUAAAGGUAGACGUCGCUCUCCUCAAGGUUGGGCAUGCCGCGAGUGUUGGAUGUCAUUGCAGGUAGAGGGCCAUUGUUCAGAUCAACGUCAUGAGCCAUGGCUCCAGCGAUACGUCUACGGAUAGCAGACUUGGCACGCUCAACCAUGGACAAAUCGAGGUUUCUACCAAAGCGCUCUUCAAGGAAACGUGAGCUCUCGAGAGACUCAACAGGAGUCUCCGGCGAAGGUUGCUUGGGCGUUGAAGGGGCCGGAGAAGAGACACCAUCGAUUGAGCCCGGGCGAGUAUAGCGUCUUGGACCGCGGAAAGGUCUGCCCUGCGAGGCUUCAGGAGGAGUCCGAGAUCGAGCAGCUGGGAUGAGGAGAUCAUCCUUGAACAGGCCGUGGCAGAACUCAGCACGUCUACUGGACGUGCCCUCGCCGGUGUGCUGCCAGUACUGCUUGGCAAUUGGAAAUACCUCAGAGGGAUAAACAACAGCUGAGAUGGUGGAAGUGAGCUUCUUCAGCACAGGCGAGAGCUCCUUUGACUUGUCCAGAGUAAAGUCAAUGUUGCGAACCUGACUCGCCAGCUCAGGAGAGAUUCGCUGGAGGAUGAAGUCUAGACAGCGGUUUGCCACUCGCGGUGUAGGGAAGAGCAUGGCCUGUUGACCAGGACUGCCAUAGCGAUCAACAAUGUCUUUGGCGAAAGCCUGAAUACCUUUAUGGACAAAGAAUCUGUUGGAGUUUCAUGUAAGUGAGGGUACUUCGUAUAGCACGACAGUUGAUAUGGCUCGGCUCACCGAGGGUAACCCGUCGUCAGACGGUUCACAACCCAAUCCUCGCCCUCUUCGUAUCCGACAUUUGCUUUCCAUGUUGGCAAAGAGACACUGACGGCCUAAAGACAUCAGUUAGUAAAAUAGUUACAUGAUAGAUACACACUCAAUUGUUUGGUCUUGACUCACAUGUGCCGUGUCGGGAGGAAUGGACUCGCCCAGG